AUGCCGUUCCUCACCAAGCCGUCCCUCCCCCGAGUCUCCAAGCAUGCUAACAAGCCAGCCAAAGCAUCCGCAGACGCCGCCGAGCAGCCCAAGCCGGACAAGGACAAGGCCCAGCUGCGACGCGCGCAGGUGCGCCGCGCGCAGAUCCAGCACCGCCAGCGCAAGGCAAACUACAUCAAGCAGCUCGAGAUUGACGUCUCGGAGCUGCGCGACCUCGUCUCCCUCACGGAGAAGGAGACGGCCGCGCUGUUCAAGGAGAACUUUCUGAUCCGGGAGGCCCUCGAGACCGCCGGCCUGCCGCUGGCCAUGACGACGGCGGCGGCGAUGCAGCAGCAGAUGCGCCUCGACGCCGGGCCCGUCGACACUCCCGCCGCCGCCGAGGAGUCGCCCGAGCUCUUCGGCGCCAUUGACGUCGACGACCUGACGGUCACGCUGAGCAUGGACGCCGCCCUCGGCGCGCCCUGCUUCCACAUCAGCUCCAACUCGUCGGGCGCCAGCGCCGCCGCCUCGCCGCCGCCCCGGACCGUGGCCGGUGUCGCCCUGACGUGGGAGCAGGAGCAGCGCGCCGUCAACUUUAUCCUCGGCCUCGAGCACUGCUGCUGGGACCACUUCUUCAUGGGCGACUUCCACCUGCACGACCCGGGCCUCUGCUCCGAGUCGGAAAGGGGCCACACGCUCAUGGCGAGCGCGUACUGCAUGGCCCCGGCGCCCGAGAGCGUCUACGCCGGCCGCGCCGCCCUCGCGGCCAAGAAGCCCGGCAAGGCGGCGCCGCGGCCCAGCUUCCAAUGGGGCGCGUCGGGCAUCACGCUCGAGUCGCUGCACGGGCUCGCCGCCUCGCUCAACCCGGGCGACCUCGAGAUCACGCCCGUCCAGGCGUGGUUCGAGCUGGCGAGCCGGUACCCCGUCGAGGUGCUGCUCGGCGGCGCCGUGCUCGACACGCUGCAGCGCGAGUUCAACGGCGUCGUGCGCUGCGUCAUGUACGGCGCCGUCAUUGAGAGGCUUGCCUUUGAGAGCAUCAUUGCUAGGGUGCUGGGCCCGUCCGAGGGCUCGCUGUGGGCUUGA